AUACGUGUGACGUCAGUUCCUGGAAGGCUGGGCCUGCUGCGGGAGCUAGGAGUUGGUGGGAAUGGGUGAUUGAGGCGGCCGAGCACGGAUUAGGCGGCAGAUUUAGGGAAGGUUGAACGCCCCCAUGAUCAUGUCCAAACCCACAAGCAAAGAUCCGUCCCUCCGUGAACGAUUCAAAAGCCUUCUGGGAAUUGGACCCCGUAUUAACACCAAGCAAACGGAAUGUAAGCCAGCAGAAUUCAUAAUAACUGGUGAAAUUCUAAAGGAUCUGAAUAUAGAGUGUGGACUUUACAACAGAAUAAAAACCAUUGGCCAUGUUUGUGACCUAGCCAGGACCAGGAAAUUUGAAGAACAUGCGGUGGAAGCUGUGUGGCAGGCUGUGGAUGACUUGAUUUCUGAUGAUCACUCAGAGGCUAGGCAUGCAGUAUUGCAACUGAUGAAGGCGAUUAUUCAGGGGCAGGGUGAAAGGCUCGGGCCAAUCCGUGCACACUUCUUCCUCAUCAUCAAGGAUUACCCAGUAAAUGGUGACCUGCUCGAGAGACUUGAGGUCUUCAAAGCACUAACAGAAAAUGGAAAAGACAUCACCUAUUUGGAGGAAGACUUGUCCUCUUUUGUCCUCAAGUGGUUGGAUAUUGGUCUCACUGCGGAGUUUCUGGAGGUGCUAGUCAAUCUCGUCAAAUUCAACAGCUGCUACCUGGAUCUAAUUGUGGCUCAGAUAGUCCAUAAAAUCUGUGUACUUUGUAACCUGACCACAGUGCCAACAGAUAUAGAGGUUUCCUUGCAAGUCCUUGAUGCUAUUGUUUGCUAUAACUCUUUGCCUUCUGAGUCUCUUCCGGGAUUUAUCAUUACGCUUUGCCGCACAGUUAAUGUCAAGGAAUUCUGUGAGUCCUGUUGGAAGCUGAUGCGCAAAGUCUUGGGAACACAUCUGGGCCACAGUGCAAUUUAUACAAUGUGUCGCAUUAUGGAGGAUAAAGUGCACACAGAUGAUGCGGCUUUAUUAAGAGGUGCAGUAUUCUUUGUUGGAAUGGCUCUCUGGGGUGCACAUCGUCUCUUUACCCUGAAGAGCACCCCAACGUCUGUUUUACCCUCUUUUUAUAAGGCUAUGACAAGUGCCAAUGCAGUAGUAUCCUAUGAAAUUGUCCUAUCUAUCACUCGAUUAAUCAAAAAGUAUGGAAAAGAGUUGCAGGUGGUUACCUGGGAACAACUUUUAAAUAUUAUUGAAAGAUUACUGCAACAAGUCCAGACACUAGGUAGCCAUGAGCUGUCGGUUAUUGUACACGAACUGCUAACAACUAUAGAGGAGUUGUAUGAGCAGAAUGAUUAUCAUGGUCCGCAGGAGCGAUUAUUCACACUGAUUGAGAAGUGCUCUGAUAAGAGACCGGAGAUCUCUGUCUUAACACUUGUGUCCUACCGGGCUCAGUCUAUUCACCCUGCAAAACACUACUGGAUUCAAAAUCUGCAGGAACUAAUGGAGAAAUUCUUCAGGACUGAGAAUCGGAGCACCAUUCGCAAGAAAACUCUCGAUGUUUUGUCAUUUGUCUUGAGCAUCAAUCGGCAACUGUACGAGGAGGAGCUGAUUGAAGCUAUAGUGAUCCCCCAACUGGGGCAUAUUGCGGAUGAUAAAGAUCACAUGGUACGAAGGUUGGCUUCCCAGCUGUUGGUGGACUUGGCAGAAGAUUGCAACACCCCUCAAUUUAAUAAUCUCUUGGAUAUUAUAGAAAAGGUUGUUAAUCGACCCCUCAUUGAUCCACCUGUUGUAGAAGCUGUGGAAAGUGAUUUUUUAUGUGAAUCUCCACUGGAGGAUGUGAAGACUGCUGUCCUAGGGCUUCUAGAGAUUCUGCAGACCAAAUUGUAUAGUUUACCAGCCAGUCAUGCAAGCCGGGCAUAUGAGCUUCUGAUUAGUCACAUUCAGUCACACUACCAGCAAAUGUACGCCUCUUCCAUCGCAAGCAGUAUACGCUUAAAGGUAUUCACUUUCUUUCUGGAUCUUCGAGUUGACUCUCUUUUUCGCAUUGGAGUGCCAAAUAAGGAUAGGAUAGUGAGAUUCAGCCCAUAUUGUCUCUGUGGAAGCAGUGAAUCUGAGAAGAGAGGCUCUGAGAAAAAAGGGCAAGGUACAGUUUCUCCACCAGCAGGAAGCCCUGCAGCAACUCAGAGUACCACCAUUCGCAUGGGCUAUUUACCUUUCUCAUUGGCUUUUAAUGCUCUUCUCCAGUGCCUCGAACAUGAGACAGACUGGAAGGUGCUGAAACUUGUACUGGAUAAACUACCUGAAUUACUGAAGUAUAAGGGACUCAUUCUGACCUCUCCAUGCAGCAUUGACCAACUCUGUUCUGCUCUCUGUACCAUGGUCACAGACCGCCAGCUAGCAGAGAGGUUGAGGAACACACCUGAUGGUUUCUCUCGCACUGAUGUCCAGUUGGCAGUUGUCCCAGUGCUGACAGUCAUCACCUCAUACCAUAUUUACUUGGACCAGUCUAAACAGCGUGAAUUUGUACAUUGCCUUGAUACUGGCCUGAUCUACCGUUGUGCCAAACAGUGUGUAGUAACACUGACCAUGUGUAUCAUCGAGAUGCCCGACAUAAUGGUUAAACUGCUUCCUGGCAUUAUUCUCAAACUGACUCAUAUCUCUGCAACCCUCACCAUGGCUAUCCCUAUGCUGGAAUUUUUAUCAACUUUGGUGAGACUCCCUCCUCUGUAUGCCAAUUUUGUAGCAGAACAGUAUGUCAGUGUUUUUGCUAUCUCCUUACCCUACACUAAUCCUUUCAAGUUCAACCAAUAUAUAGUGUCUCUAGCACACCAUGUAAUAGCCAUGUGGUUCAUUCGUUGUCGGCUUGUGUUCCGAAAAGAUUUUGUCCGGUAUAUUACAAAAGGCCUACGGUCAAAUGCCUUAUUACCAUUUGAGGACACACAUGAACCCAGCAGUUUUCGAGCCCGUAGCACAAGUUUGAAUGAAAGACCCCUCAAAAGCUUGCGAGCCACAAAGCCCCUAAAGCCAGGCUUGAAUAGUUCCCAAAUAAAAGAUAUGAAAGACCUCUCAGCAGUCGAGGCCUUCCGAUCCCGCAGCAUCAGUGUUUCAGAACAUGCAGUCCGCAGUAGAAUGCAGUCUUCUGUCACAAGUUCAAGUUUGGGAUCAGCAGAUGAGAAUUCAAUGGCAGAGGCUGAAGACAGUCUUAAAACUGUGCACCUUGAGCUAACUGAAACUUGCUUGGAUAUGAUGGCGCGAUACGUUUUCUCCAACUUUUCUGCUCUGCCCAAGAGGUCACCUGUGGCAGAGUUUCUUCUUGGUGCAGGAAGAAGUAAUACAUGGCUGGUUGGAAACAAGCUUGUCACGGUAACCACCAGCAGUGGCGUCGGAACAAGAGCGCUGUUGGGUUUAGAUUCCUUGGAUCAAAAGAGGACUGAAGAAGUAUCCAGACUGGAUUUAUCUCAACAAGUGAAAACAACUCAAGAAGCACCUGCCAAGCUGGAGUCUCAGACCAGUCAGCAGAUUGGAAAAGCCGCACGCCUGCGAGUGAGAUCCAUAUCAGGUGGCCACGCUCUUCACAGUGAUUCAGUUCAGAGCUUAAGUCCCCUGGUGUCACCCUCGGAUAGUGAGUUCUGCACCCCUGUAGCAUCAAAUUUGAAAGGAUUGGAAAACAAGAAAACACUGCGUCAGGUUGGCCCUUCAACUGGCCAGCUGCUGUACCAGAAGGAAAAAGCCAAUCUGGCUGAAUAUGCGCCUGUACUUACUCAAGGCUGGGCAGAAGUAUACAUUCGUCGACCCUCUGGUAAUGCAAGUUGGCUUCUGUGUCUGGAGAAUCCACCAAGUCCAUUCUCAUCCGAGAUAAAUAACAUGCCCCUACAAGAGCUGUCCACAAUGCUAAUGGCUGUAGAGCGAGUGACCGAUCCACGUCAUCAUGGUCCUAGUCGAUCAGAAUCCAUGCCAUGCCCGACUGCUGGGGCAGCCAAACCCACCUUGCUUCAGCGCUUCAACACGGAUUCAGUUGCAGUGGUAGAGGAAGGUGAUGGGCCUGGGAUGCACUUGAAGGUGUGCGACUCUCCUGUGGAGUCUCAAGAACUUGAAGACUUCGAGGCGAUGGUAUCAGAGCCAAUCUUCAUGCCCGCAGAGAGCUAUGAUAAAAGUCCAGUGCACUGCAGUAGAGUUAAUGUCCAGGUCAAGAUCUCCAUCUGUCGUGGUGGUAGCCGGGUGAUGGAAGGAAACUGA